AUGGCCCGAAAAAGAGCAAAACAUGGGCCGAUCGAAAACGAGCGUGCUAGAGACUCGACUCUGAAACGUAGGCUCGAGAGCCUCUACAAGAAAGCGCAGGAGCUAUCGAUUUUGUGCAACUUAGAAAUGUUCAUCGUCAUCUUAAACCCUAACGAUGAUACUCGGCCGAUAAUGUGGCCCUCUCACGAGAAUGCCACAACCGGCAUCACGAAGUUCCUAGCCUUUUCCGAACAAGAAAGGGCUAAGAAAAUGGUUCUUCAAGAAAAGCUCUUGACCGAAAAAAUGCACGAAAUGACCGAAAAAUUGUCCAAGCUACGAAAGAAGAACGACGAGACCGAGAUUGGGAUCCUCACGAAACGGGUCCUUGAUGGCGGCCAAAUGUUGAACGAACUCCACUGGGAUCAGCUGAAUCGUAUGAAUCGUUUUGUUGGUGACAAGAUGAAUAGACUUCAAAAAAGGCGCGACGAGCUUGAUGAGGAGACGAAUAUUUUCGUUCAUUGA